AUAAAUCCAACCAUCCAUCCAUCCAUCCAUCCAUCCAGCUAAAUACCCUACUCUAUAUAUCAAACCGGACUGAUCGAUCGUCUUCCGUUGUGAUUGAAAUGUUUCCCCAUCCAUCCCACACCACGUGACAAUGAUGGCUCUCCUUAACUUCAAGCCUGUAAGCGAGAGAGUAUUACUAUUAUACAGACACAUCAAACCAACAACAACAACAAUAGGAGCAGGAGGAGACACAGACUUCAACAGGCUAUCUCCAGGACAGACAGACGGAGGAGGGCCCCGACAUCGCGCAAACGAUAAUAUCUACAUGCCACAAUGGCUUUCAACAAGAAAUACGCUGGGCUGCCCGAUUUGGAUUUGGCUCCAGAUAUCUACGAAACCCCUGAGCUCACUGACGGGUCUACUCUGGCUACUGCCACCGUCCGCUCCCUGUCUCCUUUCCAAGAUGAAUCAACCAGCCCGGAAAUUGACCGUCAGCGUCUUCAGCCAGACCAGGCCCGAUUACACUUCCUCUCGUCGCGUUUAGAUACUCGCGGGGUCGACUUCUCUGACAGCAUUGCGUCCAAAAGGACGUCAUACAAGGCGAUGAGCCGGCGAAGACAGCGGCGGGAAGAUGGGACAGAAAUCUUAGGAGACGUCAGCGACGAGGAAGACGAGUCUCUAGAACGGAAAUUAGCCAGGUUGCGCAGAGAAGCGGAGGAAUUAAAAGAAGAGUUGGCUACUCGGAAGGCCGCCCAACGGGAUACGCAGACCACCACUGGUGCUGGAGAUUCAGCGGAGGGUGACCACCAACACCAGGACGACCUGGACAAUGGCGUGCUGGAGCUAAGUCGGGCGUUGGACAGUCUCCAUACCUCUUCACGAGGCGGCGCAGGCCCUAUGACUGCGGAGGAGAUACUUUCGCAAAAGUUAGGAGGCAGCAUCCCGCCCACCGUCCACGCCGCAAAGCAACGAAAUGAACUGCUCCAUGGGCCUCAAUCCAAUAUCCCUGCUGGUCUCCUAUCCAACGCUGCCGCCUUCGACGCUCGUCUUACCUUACUCGAAGCAGCUCUAGGCAUCCCAAACACCCCAAUCCCUCACUCCGCAGAUGACUCCGCGGGUCCCCAGCCAAUCCUCCCCACCCUCAACCACCUCACCGUCCAACUAUCCACCCUCUCUAGCACUCUAACCGGGCCCUCCGCUUCCAUCCCCGGCCCUCAAUCCCACCAGCCCCAACCCACCACCGUAACAACCCCACACCUUGAAGCCCUAACAACACGCAUCCGCAAACUAACCGCCGACGCCGACGCCCUCUCUUCCGCCCGCCGGCGCGCAACCGAAGCAGCCCGCGCCGUCAUCGCCGCCCGCAUCGCCGCCGCCACAGCCGACGACCCCGCAGGAGCCACCAUCGCAUCAGCAACGGCACACACCCCAGCCACCACCGCCCCAAUGACAAUAACCGACCACCCCGCCGCCGGCGCCCCCUCCCUCUCCUCCCUCUCCGCCACCGAAACCGACUCCGCCGCCAGCGAACAAGCCGCCAAGAUCCAAGCCCUCUACACAACCCUGCCAACCAUAACCUCGCUCCACCCCUUACUCCCUAGCGUGCUGGAGCGGCUGCGCUCGCUGCGCGCGAUCCAUGCGGGCGCGGCGCGGGCGGCUGAGGACCUGGAUGCGUUGGAGGACAGGCAGGCGGAGAUGAAGAGGGAGAUUGAGCAGUGGCGGGAGGGGUUGGCGGUUGUGGAGGGGAAGGUGAGGGAGUGUGAGGGGGUGAUGAAGGGGAAUAUGGAGGUUGUGGGACCGUGGGUGAAGGGCUUGGAGGGGAGGUUAGAGGGGUUGGGGGGGUAAGGGGAUAGGGGGUUAGGGUUUUUUCUUUUUUUCUUUUUUCCUUUAAUAUACAUUAUCUAAAUAUCCCUAUCCUAGUCAUUUGUUCGUGUCUCCUUUUAGGAGUGUGGUAUCAUUUGGGAUGGGGGUUGGAUUUUGGGUUGGAUUCUUCGUUGUUCUUUUUUUAUUGAUGUUGCUAGGCAUCUAUCUCAUCUGCCUCGUGAUAUUUCAAAAUAAUGCAUGAGAUUCAUCUCAUAAAGGCGACCUUGCGUUACUCGUUUUCGUCACACUCUAUAUGUUUAUUAUCCCUUUUUGUUUCUUUUCUUUGCUCAAUAUACCCUAGACAAUCCCCCAGAGCGAAGAGCUUAACUUCCUCCCAUUAGAGGGUCAUUAUUAAAUCACCCCCCCCAAAUGAAAAAGAACAAACAACCAAGUUAGUCCCAGCAUAGAAUAGCAUGAAUACCCCAGGUAUAUAAACCAGAGAAACAAAUCUAAUCCGAAAAUCCUAAAACUAAAAGAAAACAAAAUAUCGAAUCACAAAACACGCCUCAAAACCCUAAUCUUCGGCACGAUGCGCACCUCCACCCACCAGCCCCUUGUAACAUACUUCCUCCCGAACCCCUUAACCCACCUCCAACCAUCUACAGCCUUCCCACCAAACACCUUCCCUAAAAUCUCCUCC